UAUUCCCAAGUCCCGGGAUGGAAUCAAUAUGAAAGCUCCCGCGAAACUUCCGUCUUCUAUUAAAUGGACUUUAACUCGGACAAUGAGAUGGUCGUCAGCUCGAUAAACAUCUUCUUCUUAUGAUAAUGAUCGAGUGUUCGCACAUAGUAAUUUAUCAAUUUUUAAAUUGAUCGUUUUGAGCGAUCGCGCAGAAAGGAAAGUUGAAAAAAGAUUUGUCGGAGAGGGUGGAAACACUUCAGUUUCGAGGUCGAAACAGAGUUGGUGCAAGAAGAGAAUGAAGGCUAUAAAAAAAGUCCGCCUUUCGAAGUCGCGUUCCUUCGGCGUGUCGUAGGGAUAAUUUAAAAAUACGAAAGGAAAAAAAAGAGUAAAACCAGAGAGAGAGAGAGAGAAAUACAACAACACAAUGUUGGUCCUAAUCAUCUCCGUUUUGAUGUUAGCUCGUACAGUCAUCGCUUCGUUACCACCUCCUGAUGAAAAUGACAAUGUCCUCCACAUUGGUGGUAUUUUCCCAAUAAAUGGAAAGGGUGGUUGGCAAGGUGGUCAGGCUUGUAAGCCAGCCGUAGAUUUGGCAUUGGAUGAUGUUAAUCGGGAGAAGAAUUUGUUGCCUGGUUUCAUUCUGAAAUUGCACUCUAAUGACAGCGAGUGCGAACCUGGCCUCGGUGCCUCGGUAAUGUACAAUCUGCUCUAUUACAAGCCCCAUAAACUAAUGCUGUUAGCUGGAUGUAGCACAGUUUGUACCACUGUUGCUGAAGCUGCGAAAAUGUGGAAUUUGGUUGUCCUAUGUUAUGGUGCUUCAUCGCCAGCUCUUUCAGACAGAAAUCGAUUCCCGACUUUGUUCAGGACACAUCCAUCCGCCACUGUGCAUAAUCCCACGAGAAUCAAACUUUUACAAAAAUUUGGCUGGUCCCGCGUCGCCAUAUUGCAGCAAGCCGAAGAAGUGUUCAUUUCUACAGUAGAAGACCUAGAAGCACGUUGUAAAGAAGCAGGAAUAGAAAUAGUCACUCGUCAGAGCUUUCUCUCUGAUCCUUCAGAUGCUGUAAGAAAUCUGCGUAGACAAGAUGCAAGAAUAGUCGUUGGUCUUUUCUACGUUGUAGCUGCAAGGAGAGUACUAUGCGAGUUAUAUCGUCACAAUCUUUACGGGAAGAGUUAUGUUUGGUUUUUCAUCGGAUGGUAUGAGGACAAUUGGUUCGAAAUGAAUCUCGAUAAAGAGAAUAUCGCUUGUACCAAGGAACAAAUGAGACAAGCUGCCGAAGGCCAUUUGACGACCGAGGCUCUUAUGUGGAAUCAAAAUAACGAUACAACUAUCAGCGGUAUGACGUCGGAAGAUUUCAGGCAAAAAUUGAAUAAAAUGUUGAAGGAAGAUGGGUAUGACAUCGAUAACAAUCGGUAUCCCGAAGGUUAUCAGGAAGCUCCGCUUGCAUAUGACGCCGUUUGGUCUGUAGCAUUGGCAUUUAACAAAACUAUGGAGAAGUUGAGUAAACUCGGCAAGAGCUUGAAGAACUUUACCUAUACUGACAAGGAAAUCGCCGAUGAGAUUUAUUCGGCUAUCAACUCGACGCAAUUUCUAGGAGUUUCCGGAUACGUAGCUUUUAGUUCGCAAGGUGAUAGGAUAGCAUUGACACAAAUCGAGCAAGUAAUCGAUGGAAAAUACGUUAAGUUAGGAUACUAUGAUACGCAAAGCGACAAUCUUACAUGGCGAAACAUGGAGCGUUGGAUUGGUGGAAAAAUACCUCAAGAUAGAACGAUAGUAAGGACGAUUCUAAGAACGGUAUCACUGCCUUUAUUCAUAUGUAUGGGAACUAUAUCGUCUGUCGGGAUCGUUAUAGCGAUUAUAUUGAUUAUUUUCAACGUCUGGAAUAGACAUCGGAGGGUAAUAAUGUCUUCUCAUCCGGUAUGUAACACGAUCAUGCUAGCCGGUGUGAUAGCCUGUUUCAUAUCUGUAUUUCUUCUUGGAAUCGAUGGCAGAUUCGUUUCGCCUAAUGAAUAUCCAGCAGUUUGUCAAGCCAGAGCUUGGAUGUUGUCUACCGGUUUUACCCUUGCGUUCGGUGCCAUGUUCAGCAAAGUAUGGCGAGUUCACAGACUCACUACCAAAACGAAAGCUGAUCAAGCGAAGUUGUUCAUGGCCAAACAGAAAGUUUCAUCUAUACAGAAGAAGAUUCAACCGUGGAAGUUGUAUACUAUGGUAAGCGGAUUAUUGGUUAUUGACAUCGUUCUUCUUGGCCUGUGGCAAGGAUUUCAUCCUUUACAAAGGCAAAUCGAGGUUUUCCCAUUGGAAUCACCACCCACAGGGGACGACGAUGCGAGAAUAAGACCGGAAUUAGAACAUUGCGAGAGCGAACACAAUAGCAUAUGGCUCGGAUUGAUAUAUGGUUACAAAGGUGUUAUUCUGGUUUUUGGAUUAUUCCUGGCAUAUGAAACUAGAAGUAUCAAAGUGAAACAAAUUAAUGAUUCGAGAUACGUAGGCAUGUCAAUUUAUAACGUAGUUGUACUAUGCCUUAUAACAGCCCCUGUUACGAUGGUUAUCGCCAGUCAACAAGAUGCCAGUUUUGCUUUCGUAGCAUUAGCGAUUAUAUUUUGUUGCUUUCUCAGCAUGGCGUUGAUCUUUGUACCAAAGGUAAUAGAAGUGAUUAGGCAUCCCAGGGAUAAGGCAGAAUCAAAGUACAAUCCUGAUGUAUGUUUAUCAAAGGAGGACGAAGAAAAAUACCAAAAAUUAUUGAGCGAAAACGAUGAAUUACAAAAACUCAUUGCCGAGAAGGAAGAAAAAAUCAAGUUGUUGAAACAAAAGCUUGCCGAACGUGACUUAUUAAAAGGAGGAGGUGGAAAUAUUGGAAAGGAUUCCUUGAUUGUUGCUGAUUUUGUAACCGGCGAGGGAACUUCGGAUAGUGCAAUCGGUGGGGGUAUUUCUGUUAAUACAAGAUCCUCGCGAGCUUCCGCUUCCGAUUUUGAGUUAUCGGAAUCGUACUUAUAAAUACCAAUUACAAUUCGAUCAAUCGAUUCAUUUAACAGACGUUUCAAAUAAACCAAAGUUUUGUGUACUUUUUGUACCAAGACUAUGGUAUCGCAAUAGUCAUUGUCACCAGUAUUUCACAAUUGUAUCACGAAUAAAAAAUACCGUUAUUUCUGAGAAAAAGGUAAGAGAAAGAAAAUAAUGUUAAAAGAGAAAGUCGAAUAUCGUGUUAAGUUAGAUAAGCAUGCGAUGUUCAACGUUUACUCGCUUAGAUUCGUACGAAUACUAACGAAAAGUGUAUUCUAGAUUUCUAUAUUUGUGUAAAUGUGUAAAUGUUGAACCGUCUGAAGUAUUCGAAAACGCAGGAAAACUUAAAUACGCGAUUGAAUUCGUAAUUUCGUGUUGAUGGUAACUCGAUCGAACGUUACUUAAGAUUCGGUAAUUCGGUGAUAACCAGAUCAAAUGUCGGCCUAGACUAUUUCAAGCUGUUCUCUCCCCUCCCUCCCCCCUCUCUCUUAUUUUCCUUUGACGACUGCAAUAUUCUAGUGUUCUUUUAAUAAUUAUAAGAUUUUGCUCAUAAUAAAAUAAAAAAUGAUACAAAGUAUUAUAUAAAUAGAGCAUACAGAGAGAUCAUAGCACAACUUUGUUUGAAAAUCCGGCAAACUUCGUUUUACGGAAUCCGAUCUUAAGGACCAACCUCUAAAUCCUAAAUAUUAUAUAUUCCUUCGAAUAUUGAUUUUAGACAAUUAUAAAUGUCCAAUGGAGGCAACUCCUACAUCUCUAAUAAGUAGAUAUUCAGAAAACGAGAAACUUGGGUUCGAGUCCCAAGUUCGAGUUCCAGACCAAUAUUUUUCGCUAAUUCUACAUUAAAUGUAAAUUUGUAAUUAUCCUAAUCACCGACCACGUCAAAAAUUCCCGGGUCCAAAGAAAUAACAUAUAUCCGAUCGUUUUUUGACGAUACGCAAUUCACAACAGAAGAGAUACAGAAUAUUUAUUUAUUUAUUCUUGCAAUUGAAAGUUUAAUCUACAUAUAAAUAUUAUAGGAUAAAGAUAUGUGGUGGUAGAUUUAUUUGUCACCUAAACAAAUCUCUGUCCCUGUGGCAUCGAAUAUAGUUUAUUAUCGAAUAAAUAAAUUUAGAUGAAGCAAUUGCAGUUAAAUCUCGUUAGAUCAUACUCGUUAUUCUUUAUUUUCUAACCGAUGUAAGCCUCAUGAAGUCUGCUCCCAAAUUUUGUAACGUUUCAAUUUAACGCUUCCAUGCUGAUGAUUGAUAUUAUCUAUUCGCAAAUACCAAUAAUUAGAUCCUUAAAAAAUAUUAAAAAUGCUAACGAGAUUUAAACGCUCACAUAGUUCGACCAUUCAUAAAUAAUUUGGGAGUCUUGAUGAGGUGUGCUAUUGUAAUUUUAUCUCAAUUAUACGAUAUAAAUAAUCGUUUUUCCAUAUAGAAAUUCAAAUAUUAUAUAUUUGGCACUUGCAUUAUUAUUUAUGAAUGGCAUUACUCUUUUAAAGUUUUUUUUUCAUUACAUUUCAAGGAUAUGGUUUCUGACUUCUUGU